AUGGAUGAAAUUCCUCGAGAUCAUCUACUGCGCUUUUUGGAGACUUUCACUGAUAUAAAUGUUAUUCCUAUUAAAUUGAAGCUCGCGCUUCCCGGCUACUACAAAGCUAUAUCUAAGGACCCAGAGCUUACCGACAUGGCCCAGAAAAAAUGCGACUCUAUACUUCAAAACCUCUCCGACUACAGUUCUGAAAUUGUAGCAAGGUGCAGCCAGCUUCGAGAAACUAUUCAAGCUCCCCAAUAUCCUACCAACUUGAUAGUUGAGGAUAUUAACCUGCAAAACGUAAAUGAUAUGCCAAUUAUAAGCAAAGAUCAGCAUAUGGCAAACUUAAUUAUUGAAGAGAUAGACUUGGUAGAUUACGUGGCCGAAAGUGAAAACACAAAAUGA